CAAUGGUGAUCCUCAUGGUCAAGCGCGGGUUUAUGAAUUUCUUUGAAACAUGGAAGUUGGUUGUGACGACAGUGAGCACUAGAGUGAGGUUAUAAAUGUUAAAGACCUUCAAGAAGUAUUAGAGAGUAGAGAGGCUAUGCCUGUAAUAACUCCUUACACUUACUGCGUCUCGAAGUUAUUUCGUAAAGAGGCAGGUAUUCGAAUUAUAAGUAAUUUUUUGCAUUCUUCAUCACCGACGUUAAUAGCUCGGAAUGGAUUGGAAAGAACAGUAGUCAGAAGUCGAGCUCGUACGUGUUUUCAUUACCUUCUUUAUUCGUCACAAAGUAUUGAAACGUUGAACGUGGUUGAAAAUGAAAAUAUUGUCCAAGUGCCUGAAGUACCUCAGGAUAUUUUAACGAAAGUUAAAUACAAUUGCAUUUUGUUCGAAAAGACGAUGAAAAUGGGAUGGUUUCAGAGAAAACGCUUUUUGGCACUGGAAGCGAGGAAAGAGCGGGAGAGAAAAAAAAAUGCACCAGAUAUCCCUUUUUCUCUUAAAUAUUUGGAUGAAAAUAUUGAUGUAAAAACAAACCCUAACCAGAAAAAUAGUGAGGGAGACAGUGUUGUACUGCCGUUUCAUCAAGAAACAUCUGCUGCCUUCAAGAGUAAUGAUUCUGAUGAAUUUUACUCUGACAGACCAAUUGACAUCCAAUUGGAAUUUUCUAAAGGGAUCACAAAAACUAAGGAUUGGUUAAAUGAUUAUGAAUUUUACAGAAAUACUAAUCAGUCAGUGAACGUGGCACCUUGGCAAUUAAACUAUGGCACUCCAGACAGAUCUAUACCUAUUAGUUCAGUGCCAUGUGGAGGUUGUGGUGCAUACUUGCAGUGUCAGGAUACUGGUAUCCCAGGCUAUCUUCCAAGUGAAUUUAUCAAACACUGUACAAAAGCGGAGCUUCGAGCUAUCAAAUGUCAGCGUUGCCACUUCCUUCAGCAAUACAACAUGGCCCUCAAUUUAAAUGUGUCACCUGAUGACUAUCCACGCCUUUUAUCACACUUAAAAAAUGAGCAUGCACUUGCUGUAUUAUUGGUUGAUCUCGUGGACUUUCCUUGCAGUCUUUGGCCAGGGAUACUUGAAAUUGUAGGAACAAAACGACCAGUAAUUGUCGUGGGUAACAAAGUUGAUCUUCUCCCAAGUGAUUGCUCACAAUUUUUGUCAUAUGCCAAGGAAUGGUUAUGGAAGGCUGUGCAGAGAACAGAAUUAGCAAGUGCUAAUGUUAAAGAUGUGAUGCUUGUAAGUGCACAAACUGGUUUUGGAGUAGAAGAGCUCAUCACAAAAAUGCAUAUGAUAUGGGGAUAUGAGGGCGAUGUGUAUUUACUUGGCUGCACGAACGUGGGGAAAUCCACUCUCUUCAAUGCACUACUACAAUCAGACUAUUGUAAAGUGCAAGCUGUGGAUAUCAUGCAGCGGGCAACCACUUCUCCUUGGCCAGGAACAACACUCAACUUGUUGAAGUUCCCCAUUUUGAGAGCUGAUGGUUGGCGAUUGUACCAGCGAGUAGAUCGUCUGCAGGCUUUACAACGUAAGCAACAAGCAGAACGUGAAUUACUUCGCCAGCAAUUGAAGAAGAAACACAACCCUCGUGCAGCCACCCUCAUUGGUCACAUUGGUUGCACAUUUGAGGAUAUGACCAAUAUUUCUUCUGGAAAAGAUCCAUUUUCAUUGAGAAUCACGGAAUCUGGUCAUGUGAAGUUACCAGGUUUGGAUCCAAAUCACAAGGAUUUUGUUAAGGGCAAGUGGUGUUAUGACACUCCAGGGACGAUACAUCCCGAUCAGAUUAUUGAUAUUUUAACUGCCCAAGAGCUAAUUCAUUUGCAGGCCAGCGAGAUGAUUCUACCUCGAACCUUUAGCCUUUUAUCUGGGGAUUCCAUACUGAUUGCUGGACUAGGACGGUUAGAUUUUGAAGGUGGUGCAGAGAAAGCUAAAUUUACAGUGUUUGCAGCGAGCACUCUCCCUGUUACUGUUUGUCGCACAGCCGAUGUUGAUCUGGUUUAUGAAUCUUUGGCUGCUUCUAAUUUGCUGGUAGUACCCAGUUUCCAACCAGAACGUCUCAGCCAAUGGCCAGGUCUUACCUCAUAUCCACAGCCUUUUGAAGUGACUGGAAUUGGUAGAGAAAGUGCAGCUGAUGUUGUUCUCUCUUCAGCAGGUUGGAUUGCAGUGACACCUGAAAAAGGAUUUACUUGUGUGUUGAGAGCGUGGACACCCUUUGCGCGAGGCAUUCACUUCCGUCAACCCGCUCUAUUACGUUUCUCUGUUUGCCUGCGUGGAAGAAAAGUUGGGAAAACUCCAGCAUUCUUAAUAGGUGAAGCUGUUAGAGUGUAGGAAACCAAACUCUUAUAAAGAAGAAAGUGGAUGAAAAAUGGCCCAAUAAAUGACCCUUUGUUUUGAUCCAGUAAAAUCUAAGCAAUAAUGAAUGUCUGUGACAGAAAAUACAGAUUGUAAAAUGUAUGGGUCUGUGGAGAGGUAAUGUAUCAGCCAAGAGAUGUAUGCUCACUCUGUGUCAACAAAUAUGUAGUUCCACUCUACAGAUUAGGAACAAAUGCAGAUAAUAUGACUGUUUUUAUAUGUGAACAUUAAAAGUGAAGAACAAUUAUUUUUACUUUCUGCUCGUUAUGUAAUUUUAGUUCUAAACCUGUUUAGUCUCUUACUUAAUGUUUAUGUUCUGUAUUAUUAUGUAUAUUAUCAUGAAAAUACAGUUCUUUUGUUUGUUGUUUAAAAAA